AGUUAUGAACAGUAUAGGUUGUCGUAAUGGAAUCAAAAUUUUUUUGAAGAAAAUGUUUUUUUGCGCACAGAAAGACUUGUGCAUGAAAAAAUAGAAUCAACAAAACAUCACUUCUGUUAUUGAUUGUGACGAUAAAGUUUAUAAAUUUUGUGAAAAAUGGUUUCUAUGUAGUGCAGUUUGACUUGAAGUAUUUGAUGUUAUUGGUAUUUUGGAUGAACCAAUAAACUGAAGGAUCUGUUGAAUAUGGAAGAAACUGAUAGCAUCGAUAACGUCAUACUAUCCAGGAUAAGUUUAAAAGAUAUAUCACUUCUGAGCGAAGACGAUUUCGAGGGUCAAAUCUUGAAAAAAAGUCCUUUGACACACGAUGAAAGAAAGUGGAGAUUAUCUCAUUUGAGGAAUCAGUUUGAAUCAUAUGAACUACAGGAUCUUUUCAAAUCUUAUACGAAGAAAGUGAACCAUGGAUAUUUAUCAUUAUUUCUUAUACUUCAGUGUUUUUUGUGUAUUACACAUGUGAGUUUUGUAGUCUAUAGGAACUAUACGGAUUUAUCAGAGGUACUACCAGACGUGAUACUAUAUUUGAUAAUAAUAAUAUUAUCGAUAUCCUGUUUGUUCACGGUAGAUCGAAUAGCUUCCAAAUGGAACAAGUUACAUUAUGUAGCCUUUAUGGCAUUUAGUUUAGUAUUUUUUGUGAAUUUUUUCGUUCCGAUCUACCACAGCCCUCACGGGAAAUAUAGACCUGCCUAUACACCUCAUCUGAUAGUAACUUGUUAUCUAUUUUUGGGAAUUGAGAAGUUGUCUAUUGCCUCAUUGAUGGGUGCUGGAAUAUCGAUAUUUCAUUUAUCUACUUUAUAUUUUGUUACUUACUCGAAUGAUGAUAUGAUAUGGAGAAAGAUAAUAUCUGACGCCAUAUUUACGGCGUUUAUGAACUGCCAGGGAAUUUACUACAGAUUUAUGAAUGAAAUUGUAAUAAGGCGAAGUUUUUUGGACCGAAGGGAUUGUAUUAUGUCGACGCAUCAAUUGAAACACGAAAAAGCACAAGUGGAUCAACUAAUGCAAAGUAUUAUUCCGGAUUACGUUAUAAAUAAAGUGAAGGAAAUAUAUAUAGAAGCAACGAAAGCUUACAUUGAGUCUGGAAAAUAUAUUACAAAUAAUCCAUUCAAUAAUUCUUUAUUAGAUGAACAUGAGAACGUAUCAAUUUUAUUUGCCGAUAUAGUAAAUUAUACGGAAAUGACCGGUAAAUUGAAAAUAACGCAUUUAUUGGAAACUUUAAACGAUCUUUUUGGCGUAUUUGAUGAGUACUCAACCAAGUUGAAAGUAACACGUAUAAAAUUUUUGGGAGAUUGUUAUUAUUGUGUAGCGGGACUUCCACCAGAUGCCGCUCCAAAUUCGGCAGAAGCUUGUGUAGAUCUGGGACUUGCUAUGAUAGACAUCAUAGCGGCUGUAAGGAAAAAAAGAAAUCUUAAUAUCAACAUGAGGAUUGGAGUCCACAGUGGAAGAAUAAUAAGUGGAAUUAUAGGUUCGGUGAAAUAUCAAUUUGAUAUUUGGUCAAAGGACGUCGAUAUUGCAAACAAAAUGGAAAGCGAAGGACAGGCAGGGAUGGUUCAUAUAACAAAUAAAACUAAGGAUCUCUUGAAGAAAAAUUAUUUGAUUGAACCAACGAAUAAAGGUGAAACUGUACCACAAUUCAAGAAUAGUGGGCUUCAAACUUUUUUAAUCAGACCAUUUAUAGAAAAUAACCAGCUGUCGAGUCCAACGACAGAAAGCGCACCCAGUAGUCCAAUAGGGAGGCCGUUUAGUUUCACAAAACAAAGAUCUAUACCGAACAACUUACCUCUAUUAUCCAUGCUUCAAAGGCAACCAUCUGUAAUUGAAGAAGAAAACGACGCAAAAACUAUAUCUUUUGUGGAAGAUCACAACCGACAUCGAAAUAGCGACGAUAGAUUGUAUAGGAAGAGUAGAAACAAUAGUAAUAAUUAUUAUCAAUUGAGAGCAAGUGAAAGUAGAAGGACUACUGGUUCAUGGAAAAGAAGAACAGCGUUUAUGAAUAACAAUAUCAAAAGAUAUUCUGAGAGAACUGUAUUAGUCAAUAAGGAAAUGGAAGAUGCUAUCAAAAAAAUUUCAUUUUCUAAAUAUAAGCAGUAUGUAAAAGUGAAAGAAAUCAACAUUCUGUUACUUUAUAACAACUUAAAAGUUGAAAUGGAAUAUUUGAAAAUCCCAGAUGCUCUUUUCAAGUACUAUUUACUUGGUGCUGCUUGCCUCAUAUUCUGUGUCUAUUUAAUUCAAAAUAUAACAUUAUUACAGUGGGAUUUAUCAACAUGGCCCUUUUUAGCAACUGCAUUACCCUUACUUUUGAUAAUUGUACCAAUAUCUUGGGCGGAGCAUUUUUAUAAUAAAUAUAUAGCUUCGUAUAUGAACGAACAACCUAAAAAUGUGAUAGUAAGAUUUUUUUAUCGUGUAUCCACCAUCAUGACGAAUAGCUUCUGGGUAAGGUUGUUUAUUUUCUUGGUGGUCUAUGUAGUUUUUUCAAUCUGCGUCUUGACAGAAAUAGUUGACUGCAAGAAUACAAUUCUUAAUGAUAUACCUCUCAACUCAAGAAAAACGACUUUACUGUCGUUAUUAAUUUCGAAUGACUUAGGGGAUGAUGUUAUGAUUCAUUGUGUUCUUCCGUGGCACAUGACAGAUACAUGCGCAAUGACUGUGAUAAUGAGUUUUUUAUUUCUAAGAAUAUUUAUAUGGAUUAAAUUAUUAUUAGGAACCGUAAUAAUUAGUUUAUAUGCUUAUUGUGUUCUCAGUUCCGGUAAACGAUACUAUCAGGGCAGCGAAACUUUCAAUCACUUAUUGGAACCGCAAGUGGCGCAUAUAAUGUCAACUGUCUUUUUAAUAGUGACUCUUCAUUUAGUCGAUAGACAGACUGAUUACAUGAAUAGACUGGAUUAUUUAUUGAAUAGAAGAUUCAAAUCUGAACAAGAUGAAGCAAAUCUCUUACAAAAAGUCAAUGAAAAUUUGUUGUUAAAUAUUUUACCGAAGCAUGUAGCAAAUCUUUACCUAGACGUGAGUAGAGAACAGAAAGAUUUAUACUUUGAGGAACACAGUAAUGUUGCAGUUAUGUUCGCAUCGAUUAUUACAGAUAACGAACUGCAAGAUAUACUUGACGAAAAGGAGUUUUUAUCUCUUAUGAACUCGUAUAUAACCAGCUUUGAUAUACUCACCAAUAGGAAAGAAUUCCAGAGCGUAGAGAAAAUAAAAGUUGCCAAAUGGACUUACAUGGUAGCAUGUGGUUUGUUUGCCAAUAAUCAAGAAGAUGAAUUUGACCGACAUCAAAGUUAUUCCAGUAUUGGUACUUUACUUUCUUUUGCUUCUGAAAUGUUUAAAAAGCUGGAUCAAGUGAAUAGAACUUUUCAGCAAAGGUCCAGGUUAAGGAUCGGAAUAUGUCAUGGUUCUAUUGCAGCUGGAGUAGUAGGAAGCAAAAAACCUCUUUAUGAUAUUUGGGGAGAUCCCGUGAAUAUGGCAUCUAGAAUGGACAGUACCGGUGAACCAGAUCGAAUUCAAGUUAUGGAAUAUACUGCGAAAAUAAUUCAAAAACUUGGAUAUAAAUGUACCUCAAGAGGAGAUAUAUAUGUCAAAGGCAAAUCGGGUUUACUCAAAACUUAUUUUGUAGAUAUUGAUGAAAACUUUAAUCUGGUAAAAUGCCCCCAAGAUUUGAAUGGACAUUGUCUCUUCAGAAUGUGAUAUCACAAAUUUAAUUGUAAGUUUUUCUAUGGAGGAAUUAUAUUUAUUUACUUUAUUAA